AUGACUCCCCGAAGCCGCCAUGGUGGCCACGGCUCAGAGCCUGCUGACUGGGUGAUGGUGUCGCUACUCCCACCACAGUCUGACGUCACACUGCCGGGCCCUGCCAGGCUGGAGGGCGAGCCCCAAGGGGACUUCAUGCAGGCACCGGGCCUCCCGGGCUCCCCCCCCACGCAGAACAAGCACGCCGGCUUCAGCUGCUCGUCUUUUGUGCCUGAUGGCCCUCCAGAGCAGGAGUCCUCCCUGCCCCCACACAGCCCCAGCGUCGCGUCACCGGGCCCCGAGCAAGUCCACUGCCCAGCCGGCCCUGGCCCGGGCCCCUUCCGGCUCUCACCCUCAGAGAAGUACCCCGGCUUCGGCUUUGAGGAGGGGCCUGCGAGCGGUCCUGGGCGCUUCCUCAAGGGCAGCCAUGUGCCUUUCCACCCAUAUAAGCGACAUUUCCAUGAGGAUGUCUUCCCCGAGGCCCAGACUGCCCUGGCCCUCGAUGGACACUCCUUUAAGACCCCGGGGACGCUGGAGGCCUUUGAGGAGAUCCCUGCGGAUGUGGGGGAGGCUGAGGCCUUCCUGCCUGGCUUCCCUGCGGAUGUCUGGUGCAACGGGCUCCCCUACCCCAGCCAGGAGCACAGCCCCCAAGUCCUGCAGGGGUCAGAAGUCAAGGUCAAGCCCCCAGCUCUGGAGAGUGGACCAGGGAUGUACUGUUACCAGCCCCCCUUGCAGCACAUGUACUGUCCUACCCAGCCCCCCUUCCAUCAGUACUCACCAGGUGGCAGCAGCUACCCUGUACCCUACCUGGGCUCCUCACACUAUCCCUACCAGCGGAUUGCACCCCAGGCCAGCGCCGAUGGGCACCAGCCCCUCUUCCCAAAACCCAUUUACUCCUACAGCAUCCUCAUCUUCAUGGCCCUUAAGAACAGUAAAACUGGGAGCCUUCCUGUCAGCGAGAUCUACAAUUUUAUGACGGAGCACUUUCCUUACUUCAAGACGGCGCCUGAUGGCUGGAAGAAUUCUGUCCGCCACAACCUGUCUCUUAACAAGUGCUUCGAGAAGGUAGAGAACAAAUCGGGAAGUUCCUCUCGCAAGGGCUGCCUGUGGGCCCUGAACCCGGCCAAGAUAGACAAGAUGCAGGAGGAGCUGCAGAAGUGGAAGAGGAAAGACCCCAUCGCCGUGCGCAAGAGCAUGGCCAAGCCAGAGGAGCUGGACAGCCUCAUUGGAGACAAGAGGGAGAAGCUGGGCUCCCCACUGCUCGGCUGCCCACCCCCUGGGCUGGCAGGCUCUGGCCCCAUCCAGCCCCUGGCACCUCCAUCUGGGCUUUCCCAGCCACUGCACUCAAUCCACCCAGCUCCGGGCCCCAUUCCUGGCAAGAAUCCCCUGCAGGACCUACUUGGGGGGCAUGCGCCCUCCUGCUAUGGGCAGACAUACUUGCACCUCUCACCGGGCCUGGCCCCUCCAGGACCUCCGCAGCCGUUGUUCCCACAGCCAGAUGGGCAUCUAGAGCUGCGGGCCCAGCCGGGCACCCCCCAGGACUCGCCUCUGCCUGCCCACACCCCACCUAGCCACAGUGCCAAGCUGCUGGCUGAACCUUCCCCAGCCAGGACCAUGCACGACACCCUGCUGCCAGACGGAGACCUUGGCACUGACCUGGAUGCCAUCAACCCCUCUCUCACCGACUUUGACUUCCAGGGAAACCUGUGGGAACAGCUGAAGGAUGACAGCUUGGCCCUUGACCCCUUGGUACUGGUGACCUCAUCACCGACAUCGUCUUCGGUGCCGCCAGCUCCCCCUCCCUGCUAUCCCCCCGGGCCCUGUCUGGCCGAGACCGGCAGUGGGACAGGCAACUUGGCACCCCCAGGCACCGGGGGCUCCGGGGCACUGGGUGACCUGCAUCUCACCACCCUCUACUCGGCCUUCAUGGAGCUGGAGCCCGCACCCGCCGCGGCCCCUGCUGGCCCCUCUGUGUACCUCAGCCCCAGCUCCAAGCCCAUGGCCCUGGCCUGA